AAAAUGAGCGGGCAUUCUUUUAAAGGCGCGCUAACCGUUCGGAGCUAGACAUUCGCUGCUCCUCCAGCAUUUUAGCAUGGACAGUAGCCAGAAGCCGCACCGCAAGAAUCCCUGUGAACAAGCGAGUUUCCUAUCGUACUUCAUAUUUGGGUGGGCUGUGCCCUUUCUGUACCAUGGAUCGCGACACGGAUUAACGACAGAUGACAUAACUUUAUGCCAGAAAGCCGAUCAGUCCGAGCAGCUGGGCAAUCGCCUUGAACAGGAAUGGCACAAGGAGCUGGAGACGGCACGCAUUAAAUCUCGCAAGCCGCAUCUACGUCAUGCCCUGCUCAGCUGCUUCUGGACCCCGUUUAUCAUCAACGGGGUCUUAUGCUUCAUAUAUAUUGCCCUCAAAAUGAUAACAGCCGCAGUUUUGGCUCAGCUGUUGCUGCAGUUGCGACAUGUGGCGUUAGUUGCCAGUACCGCAUUGCCUCCAAAGGAUGACAACGUCACUUCAGUCACAGUUCCAGUCACUGUUGUCAACAGCACUUGGCAGCAGAUUGGCCGCUCUGUCCAGUACGCGUGGAACGAUGCCUAUAGCCUGGGCGCCUUGUUGGUGGCCACCAACUUUGUGGCCUGCUUUCUGUGGCAUCAUCUGUAUCUGCGGCAACGCAUGAUGGGUGCGCGCAUGAGGAUCGCUUGCUGUUCGCUCGUCUAUCGUAAGACACUGCGACUCUCCAUGAAGACAGUGGGUGGAACGCCACCGGGCCAUCUGAUUAAUCUUAUCUCGAAUGAUGUGAGCCGGCUGGAUUAUGCUUUGGUUUUCACCCACUACAUUUGGAUACUGCCCAUUCACUCGGUCAUCACUUGCUACAUCAUCUGGCAGCAGAUUGGCGUCCCAGCACUGGUUGGAGUGCUAGGAUUGCUGCUGAAGACGGUACCUGUCCAGACAGCGUUGAGUAAGCUGACCUCAACAUUGCGUCGCAAAAUCGCCCAACGCACCGAUAUCCGUGUGGGUAUCAUGAAUGAACUGAUGCAGGGCAUUCAAGUGAUCAAGAUGUAUGCAUGGGAAAACUCAUUUGAAGCUGUCGUUGCCGAUGCGCGCCGUAGAGAAAUCAAACAACUGCGUUAUGCCAACUAUUUGUAUGGCUUCCAGCGCACCACGAGAUUCUUCAUACAGCGCACCACACUGUUCAUUACGUUAGCAGCAGCCGCACUUCUUGGCCAGAGCAUCACGGCGGAUUUUGUAUUCUCAGUGGUCAUCUACUACAAUAUUUUGCAGCUUGUUGCCGCGGUUUAUUAUCCACUCGCUGUCAACUUGGCUGCCGAAGCUUUGGUCUCGCUCCGACGCGUCCAGACCUUCCUGCUGCAGGAGGAUCGUGCCAAAAAGGUUGAUAGUUUAUCACCAGAUCAAGCGGCUGCCGACAAGCAGUCCAUCAUUCUACAGGAUGUCACUGCUAGCUGGGACAAGGAGAAGCCUCAGCACACACUGAAGCAUAUGAAUCUAAAGAUCGGACAUGGACAACUCUGUGCUAUCAUCGGGCCAGUGGGAUCAGGCAAGAGCUCAUUGCUCCAGCUGCUUCUGGGAGAGCUGCCUAUAAUUGAUGGUCGCGUCAUUAUUCAGGAUGAACUCUCCUAUGCGGCACAGGAGCCUUGGCUCUUCACCGGCACCGUCAGGAAUAACAUUCUCUUUGGCGAAAUCUACGAUCCUCAACGCUAUCAUGACGUGACCCGCGCCUGUGCUUUAGCCCCGGACUUCCAACAGUUGAGCCAUGGCGACACAACACUUCUAGCAGAUCGCGGAGCUUCUCUAUCGGGCGGUCAACGUGCUCGCAUUAGUUUGGCUCGCGCUGUCUAUAAACCUGCCUCCAUUUAUUUGCUGGACGAUCCUUUAAGUGCUGUGGAUGCUCAUGUUGGCAGACAUCUGUUCGAUGAGGUAAUUGGACCACGUGGUCGACUGGCCCAGCAGAAGGCAACUCGUGUCCUUGUCACACAUCAAGUACACUUUCUUUCGGAGGCCGAUUGGAUUGUCAUUGUAGAUAAUGGUCAAAUCUUGAUGCAGGGCACGUAUCAAGAGAUCAUUAACAGCGAUUUAGACUUUGCCAAGCUGCUAGAUUGUCCCAGUGAAGUGGCUGAACCGAUAGCUAAAAAACCUGAGACCCAAACGCAGACUCCAGCUAAGGCUCCACUUUCGGAGUCCGAAGAUCUGGACGAUGAGGAGGAUGUGGAUGGCGAUGAACAGCCUGAUAGUCUUCCAUUACGAAAGAAAAGCGGCUCUACACAUGACAAGUCACAGAUCACAGAUCAGCCAAAGCCAGUUCAAAAGCAAAACAACUUGGCGGAGGCUCAAGCGACGGGAGGCAUCCCUGCGCGAGUGUGGUACGAAUACUUUAGUGCUGGCAGCACACUGCUCAGUUUCAGCUUUAUGGUGUGCAUCAUGUUGCUGUCCCAGAUCGUGUGCAGCGGAUCUGAUUACUUUGCCAACUUCUGGACACAGCAGGAGCACCUGCGUUUCCAGGGCGAGCCCACCAAAUUUACCACCUACGAGUGCAUGUACAUUUUUGGCGGUCUCAUCGUGGGCGUGGUGAUUAUGACAACCUACCGGGGAUUCCUGUUCCUCCAGACGUGCAUGAAUGCCUCUAUGGUGCUACACGAUCGCAUGUUCAAUUGUAUUCUGCACGCAACCAUGCGAUUCUUUCAUAACAACAACUCAGGAAGAAUUCUGAACCGUUUCUCUAAGGAUAUUGGCACCAUGGACGAGUGGUUGCCCAGAAAUAUGCUGGAGUUUGUGCAGCAUGGUCUAGUCAUUGCUGGUAUCUUGGCCGUGAUUCUUGUAGUGAAUCCCGUACUUUUCCCCGCAGUGAUAAUUGUGGCUAUCAUCGAUCUUCUAGUGCUAAAACUUUACAUGCGACCCUCGCAGGAUCUCAAGCGCAUGGAGGGCAUAUGCCGCAGUCCUGUCUACUCACAUUUAACAUCUACGUUGUCCGGCAUCUCCAUCAUUCGCUCACGCCAGAUGCAACCGGUGGCAGCCAAAGAGUUCGAUGCUCUUCAAGAUGUGCAUAGCAGCGUCUGGCAGCUGGCUGAAGCCACCAACACAGCGCUUGGACUCUGGAUCGAUGCCAUCAACUGCCUCUUUCUCACUGCCGUAACCUUCUCAUUCAUUGUCUCCAGCGAGGUUACUUACAGCGGCAACGUUGGCCUGGCUAUCUCGCAAGCCAUUCUACUCACGGGCAUGGUACAGUAUUGUGUUCGCCAGGUGGCCGAGUCCCUGCAGCAAAUGACCAGCGUGGAACGCGUUUUGGAAUACACAGAACUUGAGCAAGAGUCCAAUGUUUGCGAUAGCAUUGAUCUGCCACAAAAUUGGCCAGUGCAAGGCAAGCUAGAGUUCCGUAACAUAAGUUUACGAUACGAUCCCAAUGAUCAGCCGGUUCUCAAGCAACUCAACCUGAUCAUAGAACCUGGCUGGAAGGUGGGCAUUGUGGGUCGCACUGGAGCAGGCAAAUCGUCGCUGAUAGGUGCACUCUUUCGCUUAGCUUACAUUGAGGGUGGCAUCUACAUAGAUGGCAUAGAGACGGGCAGUAUUUCACUGGAGACGCUACGGACUCGUAUAUCCAUUAUUCCACAGGAUCCGGUACUCUUCUCCGCCACCAUUCGCUAUAACCUAGAUCCCUUUGAGCGAUAUAGCGAUGCAGAAUUGUGGCGAUCUCUGGAAGAUGUCGAGCUACGCUCAGCUAUUCCCGGACUCGACUUUAUGGUCACCGAACGUGGCAGCAACUUCAGUGUGGGUCAGCGACAGUUGCUCUGCCUGGCACGUGCCAUUCUGCGCAACAACAAGGUUCUGGUGCUGGACGAGGCCACUGCCAAUGUGGAUUUACUAACUGAUACAUUAAUUCAGCGCACAAUUCGUGUUAAGUUCCGUCACUGCACAGUGCUUACUGUAGCUCAUCGACUUCAUACUGUCAUGGACUCGGAUCGCAUCAUUGUAAUGGAUGCCGGCAAUGCCGUGGAGUUCGAUGUGCCGCAUUUACUGUUGAGGAACUCACAGGGUAUUCUCAGCCAGAUGGUGGAGGCGACUGGCGGCGAGGCGGAUGCACUCAAAAAACUGGCCAGCGAAUCCUUUGAGCGCCUGCAACAGCCGCCACAGCCGCGUGGGAUUGAUGAAAAUCAAUUUUUGCGGCUGCUAGAGCGCAGCACUGGGAUUCUAUUAGAAAAACAUUCUCAUCCAACUUGAGCUAUCGAUUUUUUGUAUGUUAACUUUUGACUUUUUUUGUUUUUUUUAAAUAU